ACAGCAACGGCGCGGAGCGCUUACCCGAUGGGGUGAGCAGAAAUUGUUGCCGGUCUCCCAGCGUGGAUCCCUCCAGCCCGUGGCCGCGGCGCCGCGAUGGCUUCCAGCUUCAAGAAACCAUCAGCAGGGACAAUUUACCAGAGGAAGAAGGCAGCCCCCAAGCUGGUACUCACUGAAGAACAGAAACAACAGUUCCGAGAAGCCUUUGAUUUGCUGGAUACCGAUGGCACUGGCACGAUAGAUGUUAAAGACUUGAAGGUGUCCAUAAGAGCUCUGGGCUAUGAACCCAAGAAAGAUGAGAUGAGGAAAAUCAUAUCAGAAGUUGAUAAAGAAGGGUCUGGGAAGAUCAACUUUGAUUUAUUUUUGCAUGCAAUGACUCAGAAAAUGUCGGAGCCAGAUUCCAAAGAGGACAUUUUGAAAGCCUUCAAGCUGUAUGAUCAGAAUGGAACUGGCAAAAUCUCAUUUGAAAACCUCAAAUGUGUGGCUAAUGAGAUUGGGGAAAAUCUUACAGAUGAAGAACUGCAGGAAAUGAUUGAUGAAGCAGAUAUGGAUGGAGAUGGGGAAGUGAACGAACAGGAGUUUCUGCAGAUCAUGAGAAUGACCAACAUGUAGCUAGACAUUUCUCUUUUCUUCCCACAAACACUCAUAAAAUAUAGUCAGUAGGAACAUCUACAGCAUCCAUCAAAUCUUCUGAGGGAAAAGAAGAGAGUUUGUGUUUUUUAGAAAUAUAUUUGCAAUGGGAAUGAGUUACUGAUUUUAGCUGUUUAUUUCCUACUGUUUAAUUCAAUUUCAGAAUCUGAAAAUGAUUGUGGGUAGUGGACUGACCACAGGUAAAGAAUCAGCUUAUUCAUUGCUUGUUUUCAAGUUCGGAAAAUCAUUUUCUGUAUCCCAAUAAAACUUGUAUAUAAUUAUUUCUAGUUGAAUCCUAAAUUUCUCUAUUGAUUUACUCUCUUCAGCCAAGGUAUAAUAUUCCACCUAAUUUUUUUAUUUCACAAUUUCAUCCUAUUAAUCCCCUCACAAGACCAUAACCCUAAAUAAAUUAAUGCUGCUGGUA